AUGGUCACCCUGAUGCUCCCGCCUGGCCCCUGGGAAGGCGUCUUCCCGGCCUCCCGGGCCUGUGUCCUGUGGGCGCCUCCCGGGCCUGUGUCCUGUGAGCGCCUCCCGGGCCUGUGUCCUGUGGGCGCCUCCCGGGCCUGUGUCCUGUGGGCGCCUCCCGGGCCUGUGUCCUGUGGGCACCUCCCGGGCCGGUCUCCCGCCGUCGGCAGCCAGGAUCUGAGUCUGAAGACGUGGUACAGGUUCCUGCUGAUUUGUCCUGGGCCCCCAGCGAGGCUGCACCUUGGGGUUGUGAUGGUCACCCUGACGCUCCCGCCUGGCCCCUGGAAAGGCGUCUUCCCGGCCUCCCGGGCCUGUGUCCUGUGGGCGCCUCCCGGGCCUGUGUCCUGUGGGCGCCUCCCGGGCCUGUGUCCUGUGGGCGCCUCCCGGGCCUGUGUCCUGUGGGCGCCUCCCGGGCCUGUGUCCUGUGGGCGCCUCCCGGGCCGGUCUCCCGCCGUCGGCAGCCAGGAUCUGAGUCUGAAGACGUGGUACAGGUUCCUGCUGAUUUGUCCUGGGCCCCCAGCGAGGCUGCACCUUGGGGUUGUGAUGGUCACCCUGAUGCUCCCGCCUGGCCCCUGGGAAGGCGUCUUCCUGGCUUCCCGGGCCUGUGUCCUCCAGGAUCUGAGUCUGAAGACGUGGUACAGGUUCCUGCUGAUUUGUCCUGGGCCCCCAGCGAGGCUGCACCUUGGGGUUGUGAUGGUCACCCUGAUGCUCCCGCCUGGCCCCUGGGAAGGCGUCUUCCUGGCUUCCCGGGCCUGUGUCCUCUCCGCCCCAGCCCGGCGUGUGCCCCCCACCCCUCCCGGCCCCGGCCGGCGUUUUCAGGCCCAGCGGCUGGGCCUGGCCGGGCAGGAAGGCUGGAGCCUGGGGGUCAGCACAGCGGGGCCGUCCACACGCGCCCUCUCACCCCCAGAGCCCACCGCCGAGGACCGCGCGGCCAGGGUCAUCCAGGGCGCCCUGCGGCAGCACCUGGCGAGGAGGGAGCUGGCCCGGCGCAAGCAGCAGCGCCAGGAGUACGAGGAGCGGAUGGAGAAGCUGCAGAGGGAGGCCUUCGUUGCGGCGGUGCUGCGGGAGCAGGCGGCGGCUCGGCGGCGGCGCGAGCAGGAGGAAGCGGAGCAGCGCGAGCGGCGGGAGGAGCUGCAACGCCGCGGCCGCCUGCUGGACGCCGCCUUCGACGGGGACGUGGGGGAGAUGCGCGCGGUGCUGGAGGAGGUGGAGCAGCUGCUGACUCGCGAGGGCGUGGGCCACGACGAGGAGGGCGCGGCGCGGCGGCUGCAGCGGCGCGUGGCGCUCGUGGAGUGCGAGGACCGCCACGGGAACACGCCGCUGUCCGAGGCGGCCGCGGGCGGGCAGCCGCGGGCCAUCCAGCUGCUGGCUGAGCUGGGCGCCAACCCCAACAGCAAGGGCGCCUUCGGCCGGACGCCGCUGUACCGGGCGGCCUUCGGGGGGCACCUGGAGGCCGUGCAGCUGCUGCUGAGGCUCGGAGCAGACCCGCGGGUGCACGCGGACGACGGCAGCACCCCCGAGCAGGUGGCCUCUCUGGAGGCCGUGGCCGGCGUGCUGCGCUCCUGGGAUCUGAGCCUCACGGAAGCCAUGCUGCAGAACAUGGAAGCCGAGCACCAGCGCCGGGCGCGCGAGACCCAGACGCAGCAGCAGGCGGAGGCCACGCGCAUGGCCCGCCAGCUGCAGCGGCUGGCCCAGGAGCAGCAGCGCUGUCACAAGGAGCUGCAGCAGGCCUACUGCGAACUCGGCCGGAGGAUCGCCGAGCACGACGCGUGCGAACGCCGGCGCGCGGCCAGCACGGAGCCCUGGGCACAGGCCGUCAAGGACGCCGAGGCGCGCGUGGACAGGCUGCGGCAGCAGGCUCAGGAGGCCGAGGAGACGCUGGCCCUGGCCAGGCUGGAGCUUCGGGAGCAGGCCCAGGAGGACGAGGCCGCGGCGCCCGGGCUGCGGUGCCAGGUCACCGAGCUGCACGACGUGCUGCUGAAAGACGUGGGCGACCGCAUCCGCGCCGAUGGCCGGUGGCCUCUCGUCAUCGACCCCUCGGGCCAGGCGGCCACCUUCCUGCGCUACCAGGACACCAACUACCUGGACACGGUGAACCCUGAGCACCUGCGCCCGGAGAGGGUCCGCCUGGCGCUGUUGGGGGCGCUCAGGUACGGGAAGCCGCUGGUCUUCGACCUGCGCGAGCUGGACCUGUUUGCGGCCGUACUGCGGCAGCUGGACGCGGUGCAGCCGGGCCUGGCGCAGGCGCUGCUGAGCCGCGGGCUGCUGCAGCAGGAGCGCUACCUGUCGCUGCGGCGCCCCGCCGACGGCCCCGAGUACGACCCCGCGCGCUUCCAGGAGGCGCGCCUGCACCGCUUCCGCCUCCUCUUCGUCACGCGCGCCCGCUGGCCGCCGGCCGAGCAGCUGCAGGCGCUGCUCCCGGUGCGCGUGCAGCCGCCCCGGGGCCUCGACCGCGCCCGAGCCCCGCCAGCCCCGCCCUGCAGAGCGGCCGACGGACGCGCGGGGGCUAAAACGUAG